AUGGGUCGAGCGAGGAAGCAAACGAUGGACAUGAUCCGCUUGGUCAAGGGGCUGUCCCGUAACGGGGGCAUGCGACGACCGUCUUGGGUGCCCGUGGUCGACCGCUUCCCGCCACCUCCGAUCCCGCGUCAAGACCGUGAUAAGGUCCCAGUGAUCACGUUCCCUCAGGACCGACUGGCUGAGCUUUAUAUGAAGCAGCGGGACGGCAUCGUGGACGGCCAGACGGCCUACGAGUUUGCCGAUGAGCAAUUGACGCUCAUUGAGAUGGGCCUUCCGGAAGAAGACGCGUUCAAUAUGCUCAUUGAGAAGUACGACCAAGUGGAGAGUCACCGGUUCCUCGACAAGUUUUCCCAGAUGCGCGGCAUUGAGUUUGCAGACCCUGCAGAGUACGACGAUAUUGAAAAAGGAUGGGUCGAAGCAGAAAGUCGGGCGAUCAAAGAGGCCAUGCGACUCGAGCACGAAGAAGAAGAGGCGCUUCGGAACAUGUAG